AUGGAGCGUGUGCUGUGUGGUGGGGAGCCACGGGUGCACUCUGAACUGAAUCGCAUAACUUGUCCCAACCACACACGUUCGUCAUGUGCAGGCGAAAACAUCUGCCUUCAUCCUUGCAACCGGCACUUUUUGCCAACACAACGGCCAACAUUCUUUUACGAAAACGCCCCCUCUGACCCUGAGACGAAGCUGUGGAUAGAGGUUGUCCCGUCAUCUGAGGCGAAGCAGCUCUAUUUCAACCAAGUCUCUUCAGGAGAACCUCUCUACAAGCACACACUGACUCCUGGAAGCUCAGGCAGGAUUGAGCUUGGCCCCAUUCCUGAACCAGGUCCGGGCAUUCAGAAACUUUGA